AUGGACAAGGUCGGCGUCUUCCAGCGGGCCAUCCGUGGAUAUGACCCCGUGUUCGCGUACGAGCAGAGCGGUGGAUAUGGGCACGACAGUGCGUGCGGUGAUAACGGCUCGAUGCGCGACGGCUGGCGGGUGGAAGACGGUACCACUCGCCGUGUCCGUGAGCUCAGGCCGCCGGCGGUGAGCGGAGGACCAGGACCUGCGCUCACCGUCAGCGCUCGCGCGCCGCUCGCAGGCGAGAGGGCGCCGUACAACAAGGAGGAGUACGAGGGCAAGAACGUGAUCGUCUGCUCCCAGAAGAAGGCCAUCUGCAUCAUGUGUCUGGUAUUCGUCAGCAUCCUGGCGAUCGCGCUCAUCGCCUCCUUUGCCAGGCCAGCCUGUUUGCCUGGUGCUGGGGUGAUCGGCCCCCACGACAGUAGCGCCGCCCGUGGUCACACCGCCAACCACCCAGAGAUCUUCAAGCGCACCUAG